GAAGUGGCAACCCUGCCUUAGCUAGUGUCAAUAUGGCGUCUCGUCAGUGAUGAAAAUCCCGGAAUCCGGAACGAUGGAAGACGGGCCCAAUUCUGCACCGCAUAAUGGCCAGUUGGGACCUUCUGGUGUGGGCACAAGUUCGUCUAGUGUCAAAGUCAACAAUAGCGACGACAACAAUCCAAGGACACAGUACUCAAUCCCGGGCAUCCUCCACUUCAUCCAGCACGAAUGGGCUCGCUUCGAAAUGGAGCGCUCCCAGUGGGAGGUGGAACGAGCAGAAUUACAGGCGCGAAUAGCUUUUCUGCAGGGUGAACGAAAAGGACAGGAAAAUCUGAAGAAUGAUCUAGUCCGGCGGAUCAAAAUGCUGGAGUACGCUUUAAAACAAGAAAGAGCCAAAUACCACAAACUCAAAUAUGGGACGGAGCUUCAGCAAGGCGACGUCAAGCCGCCUAUCUUUGAGGACGGCAUUGGCGGCGAACCUGUCGAUGGCGAGUCCAUUUUCAUCACUAACAGCAAUGUCAACUGGAGACAAGGGCGGCAACUGUUGCGCCAGUACCUCCAAGAAAUUGGUUACACUGACACAAUCAUUGACGUCCGAUCGAACCGUGUUCGUUCCUUGUUGGGGUUAAACCCAGCAGGAACUUCUGAAAAAGAAGAGCAAACGGGCGGAUCGGCUCUCAACGGGGGAGCUACUGGUGGUACUGUCGGCGGUACCACUGGGGGUUCUGCUGUCGCAGGCUCCAGUCCUGGCGAUCCGAGCGGGAACAGUAAGCGACUGAGCGAAUCGCAGGGCCGGCGGGCUCCGGCUAAGAAGGUGCCUCCUGCAUCGCUUGCCGAAGCCAUGAUUAUGGACACAGAGGCUGCUGUCAUGGCAAACUUUGAUUUCCUGGCCCAAGAAGGAGUCGGCGUUGAGGUCGAUGACGAAGACGAAAUGAGCGACGAAAUGGAGGACAACACAGACGAUGACGCAGACGACGCCGCUGCUUCCGCCGCAUCUAACGCAGCCACUUCCAAGCGAAACAAAAUGAAAGCCAAAAAUCUCCGAGACGAUGUGGACGCCGAGACGGAGGAAGUGCUCAACGAGUUUAGCUUCCUGGGUAGCGACACCGACGAUGCUUCGCACGAAUUGCGGAUGCAGACGGAUACUACCGACUGGGAUCGGGGCGGAUUGACGACGUCGGAUGAUGGCCCGGAUUGGCUGGUCGACCCGUUGCACAUCUCGCAGCUCAAAGAGCAGUACCGACGAGAUCGUGCCAAGAACAAAAGGGGGCUCGUAGCGCGUCCCAAACGAUCCGCGUUACAUGAGAUGCUGGGCGAAAUUGAUUUAGAAGAGCAGUAUGGCGGCCUGUACUCCUCUUUCACUUCUUCUUCUACACCUCUUUCUCCAAGAAUCCGUACAGGAUUCAGCGGCACUAGCACCGGUGGUGUUUCACGGCGUUCUGUUAUUCCUGCGCCGGUGACAGGACCAGCUCCAACUGGAAUUGGAGCUGCGAGUGAGACGGCUCAUUUAGCCGGUCUGACUGGCCUAUCCUCCUCAGAUGAUGAAGGCGUUGAUGGUCAUCUUGGCUUAGGAGAACUGGCACAGUUGACCGUCAAUAACGAAGCAGAAGUUAGCUAUGAUAUAUCGGUGAACAAAGAGUCGUUCCGCAAGACAUGGAAUGCCAAGUAUACUUUACGUAGCCACUUUGACGGUGUGCGUGCUCUUGCUUUCCAUCCCGUCGAACCCGUUUUGGUCACGGCCAGCGAGGACUGUACUCUCAAGCUAUGGAACCUUCAGAAAACCAUUCCGGCCAAAAAGUCAGCUUCACUGGAUGUAGAACCUGUUUAUACGUUCCGAGGCCAUACCGGACCAGUUCUUUGUUUAGCUAUGAGCUCCUCGGGCGAGCAGUGUUUCAGUGGUGGUCUUGACGGUUCCUUACAAUGCUGGAAUAUCCCUGGGUCAAAUAUCGAUCCGUACGAUUCGUAUGAUCCGAGUGUACUGAGCAACUCCCUUUUGGGCCACACGGAUGCCGUAUGGGGUUUGAGUUUGCACAGCCAAAAACUACAUUUGCUGUCAUCUUCAGCCGAUGGCAGCGUUCGCUUAUGGAAUCCGCAGUCCAAGUCUCCACUCCUAUCAGUUUUUACCUCUGAAUCAGAUGGAAUACCGACGUCAGUGGAUUUUGUCCGCGACGACCCGAACCGAAUGGUCACAUCCUACAAUUCGGCCGCUUGUAUCCUCUUCGACCUGGAAACGGGUCAACCAGUCACUCGGCUCGACACAGAUAAGGGAGUGGAGGAUUCAGUAUUUGGUCGCCAGAUCAAUCGCGUCAUUUCACAUCCUACCCUUCCGUUGACAAUAACGGCCCACGAAGACCGACACAUCCGCUUUUACGACAACAACACAGGGAAGCUCGCACACGCUAUGGUUGCCCACUUGGACGCUGUCACGUGCCUGGCCGUAGAUCCCAAUGGGCUCUAUCUGCUCUCUGGAAGUCAUGAUUGUAGCAUUCGACUAUGGAAUUUGGAAAACAAAACUUGCGUUCAAGAGAUCACAUCCCACCGUAAAAAGUUUGACGAAUCUAUUUUUGAUGUUGCUUUUCAUCCAAGCAAACCGUUUAUCGCGUCUGCUGGAGCUGACGCCCUGGCCAAAGUAUUUGUCUAGGAAAUGGACAUCCCCAAACCAAAAGAAAAUCCAAUUUUGCUACAUAAAAUGGUCAAAUUUAAACAGCGCGAUCACUUGCAAAACCAAACAAAAAACAAAAAAAAUCCCUAAACAAAACAACAAAAA